CGCCCCGCCCCCUCUCCCCCCGGGCGCGCGGCCGCGCCCCCGCUAGGCCCCGCAGGCGCGGCCCGGCCCGGCCAUGCCGGCCAAGAGGAAGCCGGUGCUGCCCGCCCUCAACAUCGCCCCCAGCGCGGCCGAGGGGCCGAGCCCCGACGGCUCCGCAGAGGCCAACUUGGUGGACCUGCAGAAGAAGCUUGAGGAGCUGGAGCUGGAUGAGCAGCAGAAGAAGCGCCUGGAGGCCUUCCUCACGCAGAAAGCCAAAGUGGGAGAGCUGAAGGAUGAUGACUUUGAGAGGAUCUCUGAGCUGGGAGCUGGCAAUGGUGGUGUGGUCACCAAAGUGCAGCACAAACCCUCAGGGCUCAUUAUGGCACGGAAGCUGAUUCACUUGGAAAUCAAACCAGCCAUCCGGAACCAGAUCAUCCGGGAGCUGCAGGUGCUGCACGAGUGCAAUUCCCCCUACAUUGUGGGCUUCUAUGGAGCCUUCUACAGUGAUGGAGAGAUCUCCAUUUGCAUGGAGCACAUGGAUGGUGGCUCUCUGGAUCAGGUGUUGAAAGAAGCCAAAAGGAUUCCUGAGGAGAUCCUGGGGAAGGUCAGCAUAGCGGUUCUGAGAGGCUUGGCAUAUCUGAGAGAGAAGCACCAAAUCAUGCACAGAGAUGUGAAGCCCUCCAACAUCCUGGUGAACUCCCGGGGGGAGAUCAAGCUCUGUGACUUUGGGGUCAGUGGGCAGCUCAUUGACUCCAUGGCAAACUCCUUCGUGGGCACUCGGUCCUACAUGUCUCCCGAGCGGUUGCAGGGCACCCACUACUCGGUGCAGUCGGACAUCUGGAGCAUGGGGCUGUCCCUGGUGGAGCUGUCAAUCGGAAGGUAUCCAAUCCCCCCGCCAGACUCCAAGGAACUGGAAGCAAUAUUUGGCCGUCCUGUGGUGGACGGGGCCGAGGGAGAGCCUCACAGCAUCUCGCCGCGGGCCAGGCCCCCAGGCCGCCCCAUCAGCGGUCAUGGGAUGGACAGCAGGCCUGCCAUGGCCAUCUUUGAACUGCUGGAUUAUAUAGUGAAUGAGCCUCCUCCCAAGCUGCCCAACGGAGUUUUCACACAAGAUUUCCAGGAGUUUGUAAAUAAAUGCUUAAUUAAGAACCCAGCAGAGCGAGCAGACCUGAAGAUGCUGAUGAGUCACACCUUCAUCAAGCGCUCCGAGGUGGAGGAGGUGGAUUUCGCCGGCUGGCUGUGCCGAACGCUGCGGCUGCACCAGCCCAGCACCCCCACCCGCGCCGCCGUCUGAGCGCCGGGCCGCCGCCGCCUGGUGUCAGCACCUCCGCCGCUGUCACCGCUUCCUCCCCUCCCGUGGGUGACAGAGCUGUGUCCUCCUCCCCCUCCCCCUCCUUCCUUCUCCUGCCCAUCCCCUCCCAACCCCUCCCCUCCCCCCAGCUCGCCUCGCAAAGCAGCGUCCCCCCCCCGGCAGCGGCUUCUGUCGGCCCAGCCCCAGCCGGACCGGGCUGAGGUUCUUCGGAGGGGUUGGGGAGGGGGUUCCGGGGCCUCUGCUGCAGCUCGGGAGCUCCUCUGACACUUGGGAACUGUGGUGCUGCUUCUGUUCACUUCUCUCUCUCUUUUU